AUGAGUAGAACUGGACGCCGGCAGGCAAAACGCAGGUGGGGAGUUGAGGCGGGGGAGGAGGAUAGAGAGAGUGAUUUGGGGGAGGUACAUGAUGCCUGCGCCAUGGUAGCCCCUGUUCCCGUCCAAAGUGCGGAUUUCUGGUCCGAUCCCGCACACAACGAAGUACUCGAAGAUCGGCGCCAUUACAAUUCGAAAGCCGGGAUUACUGUUUCAGAUCAUCAAGAGGCUGGCUGCUGGACACAUCUUGAUCACCGAUUUGAACUUUCGUUCGAAGAUUUUGGUGGAUAUAAGCAGGUUCAUCUCCCUCAUCUCUCUCACGCCCAUCACUUCCGCCGUCGAGCUUCCAACCGCCGAGCUUCCGACCACCUGCGCCACCGUCGGGCGACCAUCGCCCGACCACACUUAGCGCCUGGCUAUCUGAUUUCUGACGUCGAGCUGCAGCACACCUCCAUCCGGCCUCCUCUGUUCAUAGGCGCAACCACUCGCGACCGUCCUCCGUCCCGACCAUCAACCGACGACCUCACCCUCGAGUGUAUAUAUUCUCGGCGACUCCAUAGCUGUAGCUUGGAUCAGUCGAAGAGAUUUGUAGGAGAUGAUUUUGGGUGGAGCUCUAAGCCUCAGGUGCCGUUCACGUCCUCACACAAUUUUGAGUGGUAUGCUCUUACCGAACAAGAUUGUUUUGAUAAUCUUGUGAUCUCUGUUGAGGUUCUUGGAGCUGUCCGGACUGAACCAGACCAGACCAGUCCAGUAACAGAAGGAAGAAUGACGGGCCAAGCUUUUCUUACAUUCCCAACAGUUAAACUUGCACGCAAUGGCUUGAAUGCUGUAAAUGGUUAUCUAUUUAUAAGCAAGCCGAUGAUCGUCCAAUUUGGCCGAAGUCAGGCAGCUCCUAAAGCCAACUAA